AACACGACUUUGUUCUUUUCGUUUCGUUUCGUUAUCUUCUCCGUCUUGUUUUACGUAACCCUAACUCCGAACACAACCAUUCUCUGCCUCUCGCCUCUUUAUUUCUUCUCCAAACCCUAAUUUCAAUUUACCCCAUUUUUCACAUUUUCAUCUUAUCACAGAUCUCAACCAGCUCCGAAACCACCUUUGAAUUUCAAUAUACAAACAACCGAUUCACGAUUUUCCCUAGAAAUUUUCGAUUUUAGUUGAUUCCGAUUCCGAUUCCGUUACUAUUUUGAUUUGAACCGACAAUACAAACCGAAGCUAUUACUACUGUAAUUAACGCUUAAACGCUUAAAGCAGUUUUUAUUUUGUUGUUGAAUUGUUGGUGAUUGACAAUGGUUGGUGGUGGAAGCAGAAGGGACGAUGGUUCGUUGGUAAUUAACAACACCAAUGUUUUUGCGGCGCUUGAUACCUUGAAGAAGAAGAAGAAAUCGGAUAAGGAGAGAAAGAGCAAGGGUUCCAAAUCGGUGAAAUUGGAAUCUGAAUCGGAUUCCAAAGUGUUUUGGGCUGUGGCCCCACUGAAUGCAACUUCAUGGGCUGAUGUGGAUGAUGAUGAUGAUUAUUAUGCCACCACUGCACCGCCUCAAUCUGUUUGGUCUGUUUCCGACCCCCAACACAGUGAGGACAAGCCAGAAAUUUUUGAGGAGACUGAGAGUGAGGAAGAUAUUUUAGACGAAGGGGAUGAGGAGGAGGAAGAGCAAGAUCAUGAACCAGAACCAGAGCACGAUGUGAAACCUGAACCUGAGCUUAAGAAGCAUGCUGAAGUUCCUGUGGUACCAAAGGAGGCAGAACGGCAACUCUCCAAAAAGGAAAGGAAGAAAAAGGAACUUGAAGAGCUUGAGGCUCUUUUAGCUGAUUUUGGAGUUGCACCGAAAGAAAGUAAUGAUGGUCAAGGUCAAGAGGAGUCACAAGGCGCAUCCCAGGAUAAGAAAGGUGCUGAUGGGGAUGUAGAUGGUGAAAAGAAAGAAAUCGUGGCAGAGUCCAAGAAUGCCAAAAAGAAGAAAAAGAAGGAUAAAGCUUCCAAGGAGGCAAAAGAAUCCAACGGUCAGCCCAACAGCUCAGAAACAAACAACAGGCCUUAUAUGGCCACAGGCACUGAAAAUGCAGAGGAGGAUCCAUCUGUUGUCGAUGUGAAAGAGCGUCUUAAGAAAGUUGCUUCUAUAAAGAAGAAGAAAUCUAGUAAAGAAAUGGAUGGUGCUGCUAGAGCUGCUGCACAAGAGGCUGCCGCAAGGAAUGCAAGGCUUGCUGCAGCAAAGAAAAAGGAGAAGAAUCAUUAUAACCAACAACCUGUGCGGUAAAAUAACCUUGCCCUACUUUACAUCAAUACAGGAAUUUGUAUUCCUUGUUCAUAUGAUGAUUCUGAAUAAGCAGUUGGUUUUAGGCUCUUGGUGACUACUACUAGUGGUAUUGCAGUGAAUCUGAGAUAUUGUCUUAAACUUUUUUGGAUUUGUGCUGUAAGUGUUAUAGACUCACAUUUUGGCACAUAAAAUUUUAGCUUAAAACUUUAGAUGAACUACUUUUUUGUGUAAUGGGGUUCUUAUGGCCUUGUAUGGUGGAUCAAAAAGUUUGAAUUGAGAGAAAUGCGCUGUGUUGCUGCUUAAAUUGGAGCAUUAGUAGAUUUUUGUUUUGGAGUCAAACAUGAAACUGGAAAUAUAGUGGAUCUCUAUGUUCUUGUUA